AUGUGCAUCGCAUUGAUCUCAACAGCCCACCCUUCAUACUCUUUGAUCGUCAUCGACAAUCGAGAUGAAUUUCUUCAUCGGCCAACAUCAGUGCCAGACUGGUGGCCAGAGCCCUCCUCGCAUGUCCUCGGCUCACGCGACCUCGCGCGAUCUACACACGGCACUUGGAUGGGCGUCACCAAGCAUGGCAAAGUCGCUGUGUUGACCAACUAUCGCGAAGAUAAAGCCAGCGAAGCCAUCGGGGUCUUCAGUCGCGGCGUUAUCGUGAAUAGCUGGCUGACCGGUCCCCCAAAGAAAGAAGAAGCCACCCGGGAGUUUGUGCAGGCCAUCGUGGCCAGCCCAGAAGCAAAGCAAGUGGGAGGAUUCAGUCUGGUGUGUGGGCACAUCAACGAGCCACUAGCCAUAGUCUCAAACCGAGCCUCUGACAUGGACCAUAUCACCUGGGUGGCCACGGAGAAGAACCAGACGCGCGGACUGAGCAACACCAGUGUAGAUGAUCGAAGCUGGCCGAAGAUCAUUGAUGGCGAGAGGCUGAUGGAAGCUGCUAUCGAAGAGCAUGCGCGCGAGGGAGAAGAUGAAGACCUCUUGAUUGAUCGGCUGCUGGGGGUUCUCAGUACGGAUACUCUGCCUGAGCUGUCCCAAGAGACGGCUACCAUCGACACAUAUAUUCAACACUUGCGCAAGAGUAUCUUUAUCCCCGUCAUCGGUGCGGCAAACGAUCGUGUUCAAGCUGCAGAGAAGGCUGCAGCUCGGGUAGAGGAUUCCACUAACACACCGACAAACGGCCCUGUGGACCAGAGCUACACAUCUGGCUCUUAUGGGACACAGAGACAAACUGUCCUUCUGGCACGGCCAGACGGGCGAGUACGCUAUUUUGAGAGGACGCUGUAUGACAAUGACGCACAGGCUAUCCCGGUUGGGCAUGGUGACCAUUCAUUUGAGUUCAACAUCACCCAAUCUGUAGCCUCAGAUAAACUAUAA